AUGGCCACGGGGAAUCACUCUGCUGUGACCGAAUUCCUUCUGGUGGGGCUCUCCCAAUACCCGGAGCUCCAGCUCUCUCUGUUCGCGCUCUGCCUCAUCAUGUACCUGAUCAUCCUCCUGGGAAACAGCCUCCUCAUUCUCAUCAGCAUCCUGGAUUCCCGCCUCCACACCCCCAUGUACUUCUUCCUUGGGAACCUCUCAUUCUUGGACAUCUGUUACACAUCAUCAACCAUUCCUCCAAUGCUUGUCAUAUUUUUGUCUGAGAGAAAAUCCAUAUCUUUCAUAGGCUGUGCUCUUCAGAUGGUCAUCUCCCUUGGCUUGGGCUCCACUGAAUGUAUUCUCCUGGCAGUGAUGGCCUAUGACAGGUAUGUGGCCAUCUGCAACCCACUGAGGUACCUCAUCAUCAUGAAUAGGGUACUCUGUGUGCACAUGGCUGCGUGGUCCUGGAUCACAGGCUAUCUGAUCGCCCUAUUACAAACAGUCCUAACAAUGGUGUUGCCUUUCUUUUGUAGCCUAGCCAUCAUAUGGUGA